ACACAAACGGUUUCCACUUUCUAUAUUGUCUAAAUAAAUUUGUUGAUAAUUCGACAUUUCACUUUAUCGAUUUUGGGAAUAGUAAACAUUCAGCAAAUCCGCCACUCGCCACUACGUAUCGGUUUGGAUUAAAGUCGUUACGUCUAGCGUUCGUCGAGUACGGUCAAACAUAACAGUCUCUGUCGUUUCUGAGACAUGGCCGCGUCUCUGAAACGUCUCGAAGAUGAUAACGCGUCUGAGGAGAAUGAAUACGAUUCUGAAUCGUCAGAAGAUCCUUCUUCGUCGUCUGCUGAUUGUGCAUCAACAACUAAGUCCGAGGACGAUGUGAAGCCAAAAAAGAAAUCCAAGAAAAAUGCCGAAGUGCCAGAAGAUGCAUUUUCAUCUGUUGCUUCUGCCUUGCUGACAAGCACUGAUGUUAAUGUCGACGAGGAAGGCUCAACAUCAGAAAUUAAAAAGAAAUCUAUCUCGAAAAAAUCCAUGAAAAAGGAUGACACACCGACCGAAUCAAAAAAUGAAUUUAACGAGUGUCCUGUAUGCUUGGGACCAGUUGUGUUCCCUGUUCGUACUCCAUGUGGUCACAUCUUUUGUUUCCUAUGCGUGAAAGGAGCAGCACGACAAGCUAACAGGUGUCCAAUGUGUCGUCAGCAUAUACCUGUUGAUUUUGACAAAAAUCCUGAUAUUCUUGAACGCCAAGAAGUAGAAACAUUUGAAGAUGGUUACCAAUGGUUUUAUGAAGGCAGAAAUGGCUGGUGGCAAUAUGAUAAAAGAACUUCUGAAGAAAUUGAACAUCGCUACAAACUUAAUGUUACAAAAUUUGAUGUACUAAUUUGUGGUAUCAUGUAUACUAUUGAUCUCAACCGCAAUAUGCAAUAUAACAGAGAAAAUCCAAGUAGGAGAAGGAAAGUGAAACGAGAAAAUGCCAAUAACAUUGCUGUAAAAGGAAUAGCUGGUGUUCAUUAAUUUCAUAUAUAUAUACUUAAUUCUAUUUAUAUAUUAUAUUUAUUGUUCUUUAUUCGUGCAUGACACUAAUUAUGAUGAAUGGCAUUUUAGGUGUCUAUUUUAUGUACUUAGUAAUAUUGAAUUUAACAUUCUACAUACGUUCAUUUUAUGACAAAUUUUGCUAAUUCAUAAAUGUUGUCAAUUUUAUUCUAAGUAUUUAUUUUAAGAUCUGGAUACCAAUAACCUUAAAAUAAAUUUGAAAAGU